UGUACCUACAGAGACAAAAGUUGAAUUUAUCAACAAAUUAUCUGAAGCACAGCUUCCUGUAAUUGAAGUUACAAGUUUUGUAUCUCCAAAAUGGAUUCCACAGAUGGCUGACAAUUCUGUAGUACUGGAGUCAAUCAAGAGGCAGAGGGGAAUAGUAUAUACAGCUUUAACACCAAAUCUAAAGGGAUUCAAAGAUGCAGUUUUAAGUGGUGUCAAUGCAGUUGCAAUAUUUGGAGCAGCAUCAGAGACAUUCAGCAAGAAAAAUAUAAAUUGCAGUAUAUCUGAGAGCUUACAGAGAUUUGAAGAACUCAUGCAAGCUGCCAAAGAAAUCCAAAUGCCAGUAAGAGGAUAUGUCUCAUGCGUUCUUGGAUGUCCAUAUGAAAGAAACAUCUCCCCAGAAAAAGUUGCAGAGGUAGCUAAACGGAUGUUUGAAAUGGGUUGUUAUGAGAUAUCUUUAGGUGACACCAUCGGUGUAGGAACUCCAGGUGCCAUGAAACAUUUAAUAAGCAAAGUAACAGAAUGUGUUCCUAUAGAACGUUUGGCAGUCCACUGCCAUGACACAUAUGGACAAGCAUUGGCAAACAUCUUAGCAGCAAUACAGAUGGGUGUUGCAGUCAUUGACAGCUCCACGGCAGGUUUGGGUGGUUGUCCCUAUGCUAAGGGAGCCAGUGGCAAUGUGGCUACAGAAGAUGUUUUGUAUAUGCUACAUGGACUUGGAAUAAAAACUGGUGUAGAUUUGCAGAAAACUGUGGAAGCUGGAUACUUUAUUUCAAAAGUGCUAGGACGUAGUACUCAAUCUAAAGUUGGACAAGCAAUGAAGUCAUCAUUAUAAGAAGAGAAAACACGAUUUGAUUAUUUUCUUUGUGUGGCUACACCUAGGGGAUUCAUCAUCUGAAUUGCUACUUACAUCUGAAGAAGAAUAUAAUGCAUAAAGAACUGUUUAAAACAGUUUUGUGUCCAUAAUGCUUUCACUUACUGUAAAUGUAUUAUAUUUUGUGUGUACAAUAUUUGGCAUAAAAUUAUUCACUUUUAUAUACUUGAUUUCAAGGUUGCAGCUUUCCAAAUGUAUACUAGCGGGAAAAAGAAACUGUGCAUUAUAAGGUGUAGUAAAAAAAUUAUAUAUUUAUUGUUUAUAUUAAUACAAUAUAAACAGCCGAUGAAGGUGAUGUUUUUUAACAAUAUCUGAUAAUACCCGACUCAGAUGCAUGGACUUUUCAUGGUUAGUGAGCACAUGUUGAUUAUUGAUGUUUUCGUAUGAGUUUUACUGGCCAAAAUUGUUUGGAGAAAUAACUGUAUAAUGUUUAUUUGGACUCAAUUCGUUAAGGAAAGCACUUUAGUUUUGACCAAAUUUACUAUUCUGUCAUGCCACGACUCAGCGAAAACCAACGUAAUAUUGCUGUUGGAAUGCUUCAAGCAGGAAUGGCACAAAAUAUCAUAGCAGGACACUUUGGAGUUCAUCGAAACACCAUCCAGUCAUUAUGGAGAAGUUUUCAACAAUUUUUCUGGUAAUACUCGGGAUCGACCACAUUCUGGGCAUCCUCGCAUGAGGUCGCAUUGACAGGACAACAACAGUAGACUUGUGCACCUGAGAAAUCGUUUCCAGACUGCAAGUUUGACUGCUUGAAGCAUUCCUGGACUUUGACCAAUCAGUCCAAGAACUGUGCGAAAUCGUCUGCGCAAGCCUAACAUCAAAUCAAGACGUCCAGUUGUGCGCCCAAUACUGAUUCAACGUCAUCGUACCGCUAGGCUAGCAUGGUGCAGACGACAUCUAUGAUUCAGAAUACAGGAUUGGUCCAAUAUUCUGUUCACUGAUGAAUCCAGAUUUCAAUUGGAUAGCAGUGACGACCGUUGUAGAGUGUAUCAUCGCACUGGGGAGCGGUACCAGGAUGCUUGUGUUGUGCAACGGCGACAAUUCGGUGGAGGUAGCAUUAUGGUGUGGGGUGGAAUCACAGCACAUGGAAGGACCCCUGUACAAAUUGUCAAUGAAAAUCUGACCGGCGUACGCUAUAGAGAUGAAAUUAUUCAGCGACAUGUGAUACCCUUUAUACAGAGACAACAAAAUCACAUCACUCUUCAGCAAGACAAUGCAAGGCCAAAUGUUGCAUGUGUAGUCAGGUUUGUUUUUGUUCAACAGAAUGUUGAUGUCUUGCCUUGGUCAGCUGCUUCUCCCGAUUUAUCGCCUAUCGAGCACGUUAGGGAUGAAAUAGAACGACGUCUUCGCCGUUUGCCAAAUCAGCCAAUGACGUUGGCUGAUUUAGGCCAGGCCUUAACCAACAUCUGGAACAACAUCCCUCAAGCAUAUCUGAACACUUUAAUUGCAUCAAUGAGAUGCUGAUGUCAAGCAUGUAUGAAUGCAAAUGGUGGUCACACGCAUUAUUAACUUUGUUAAUUCAAGUUUGAAUACCAGUGUCUUUCCAGUGUGCUGAAAUUGAUGUUAGUUAACGUUAACAUUUAUGGAUUAGGAAAUGUUGUAACAAAUACAUUUGUUAUCAGUAUUACAAAAAUAAAAUUUGUUUAUUGUUAUUUUUUAUAAUUUUUUUCAUAAUAAAUAUAAUGCACAGUUUCUUUUUUCCGUUAGUAUAUUAUCAAUAGAUAGCCCUUUACCUGUUUAUCUAGGCGCAGGUCCAGAAAUUGAAGUUUGGAGGGGGAGAGGGAGAGGUAGGCAGGGGAGACCGUGAAGCUUUUGGAUUCCAGAGAUUUUGUAGGGUAAAAAAAGGUCUACCAAACAGACGUUUUAGCUCACCUCAACAAAGUUUGGAGUUGAUUAUUGUGAAACCCUGGGCGUUGGUGUCGGUGUUGGCGGGACACAUUUUUAGCUCACCUGAGCGAAAGGCUCAAGUGAGCUUUUCUGAUCACAUUUUGUCCGUCGUCUGUCUGUUGGUCCGUCUAGCUAUCCAUCUGUCUGUCCGUACAUUUGUAAACUUUUCUUCAUUUUUUUUACUUCUUCUCAAGUACCAUGGGGUAAUUUUAACCAAACUUGGUACAAAGCAUCCAUGGGUGAAGGGGAGUUUAAAUUGUUAAAAUGAAAGGCCAAGUCCUUUCCUAAGUAGAGAUAAUCAAGAAAACACAAAAAUAGGGUGGUGUCUUUAAAAAAUAUUCUUCUCAAGAUCCAAUGGGCCAGAAAAACUGAAACUUAUGUGGAAGCAUCCUGGGGUAGUGUAGAUUUUAAAUUUUACAAAUCAUGACCCCCAGGGGUUGGGCAGGGCCACAACAGGGAAUCAAAUUUUUUACAUAGAAAUAUUUAGAAAACAAAAGGCCCAGUGUCACCUGAGUACUGUGGCUAGAAAAAAAAGCAGAAAUCAGAUUAUUGUUGAAAAGUUUAAACCCAAAAUUGGGCCCAACCAAUCCUUAAAGAGGAAAGGGUAUGAUCUGAACAAAUUUGCAUAUACACUAAGGAUGCAUAAUAUUUUCUUUGGCUACCUGUGGCUUAAUUUUGUAAGCCAAUGAAGAAAACUUGUCUUUGUUUUCAAAGUUUAUUAAAUGAAUCUAAGUUUACAAUUUCUCCGAGAUCGUAUAGAUUUUUGUAAGCGUUUUCGAAAUUUGAAAUUUGAUCCGUAUAAAGCAAUGCACUGAUAUAAUGUUCAAAAGAUCCGUCCACAUUACAAAGAGCCGGAAACUGAACUCCUCAAUAAAUAAAUAAGCAAAAGCCCAAAAGAAUGAUUCCCAAAAACAAAAUGCAAGAGAGAAGUGAUAAUUUGAGAAUAAGACCGAGAAUAAAAAUGGGAAUAGGAAUAUAAAUGGGAAUUAAGAUCGGGAAUCUCUUUUCUGACCAAAACAGGGUAUUUUGUGCUCAGUGGGUAUCCAUGGUCCCGGAUAUAAAAAUGCAUUUCAUUGGCUAACUCACCAUCACUGACCACCUACGCUUUGUCCGUAGGUCUGUCCGUUGACCCAUGAACCCCAACAUGGCACCACCCUCAAAUGCAGGUAAAUACUCAUUACUAAUAUUUAUGGGCUCAGUCCCCAUCUCUGCACCACAGGAGUUCUAGCACUUAGCUCUUUUACUUAUUUACUUCAAAGUUCCCAAUUUUAUUGCUCUUAGUCAAAACUCUUAAUAAUACCAUUGUAUUUCCGUUCAAAUUCUAUUACUUACUAUUGAUGGGCUUGAUUGGUCUAUUCGGAUCAAUUUCAUUACAAAUUGAUUUACCAAAUUAUAGUGUAUUGGAACAACAACAAAAUCUAAUUUUUUUUAACAAGAUAAUAAUAGUUUACAAAAUUAAAGUCCUUUUUCCAAUUAUAAAAUCACCGAAUUUUAGUCACUAAUAAUAUACAUUCUGAUUUAAUAAACCUUUAUAUCAUUUUAUUUUCACUACUAAUAACUAAAAAUGAUUAUGAUAUUAAUAUUGUCUAAGUUUAAAAUGUUCAAACAAUAUGUCUGUGCUAAACCCUAUAGGUUUACAAUUGCCCUUUUCAUUUGAACGUACAUUGUGGCCCCACUCUACCCCAGGGGUCAUGAUUUGAACAAAAUUGAAACUGUACUACCUGAGGAUGCUUCCAUAUAAAUAUGACUAAUCAUGGCUUUGCUAUUCUUGAGAAGAAGAUUUUUAAAGAAUUUUUGUAUAUAUUUCUAUGUAAAACUUUGAUUGGCCUAUUUGGCCCCGCCUUACCCCAGGGGGUUGUUGUUGUUUGAACAAACUUGAAUCGACACUACCUGCUUCAAUAUAAUUAUGAUCAAUCAUGCCUUUGCUAUUCUUGAGAAGAAGUCAAGUUCAAGUCAUGAAUGGGAAGUAGGUGUUGGGUUGGGUGGGCCACAAUUUGAGAUCAAAGUUUUGCCUAGAAGUAAGGAAAUUUUUAAUCCCCAAGAACAGAAAAGCCAUUGUUAAUUAUAUUGAUAUGGAGGCAUCCUCAGCUAGUACAAAAUCAUACUGGUUCAAAUGAGGCUCCGGGGCAGGGCUGGGCCACAAUGGGGGGUUCAAAUGAAUAAAUAGGAAAAAAAUCAUCUGUUCAAAAACAGUAAAGGCGUUUGUUGUAUGAGAGCAUCAUCAAGUAGUUGGUAGUUUAAAAUUCAAGAACCACCCUCCCCCUUGUAAACUUCUCAAUACUAAAGUGAUUUCUGCUUUUAUUUCUUAGCUAAUGUGCUCAGGUGAGCAAUGUGGCCCAUGGUCCUCUUCUUGAAUAUAUAUUACACUUGAAUAAGGGUGUGGCCUUUCAUUUGAACAAACUUGAAUCCUUUUUACCCAAGGAUGCUUCAUGGCAAGUUUGGUUGAAAUUGGCCCAGUGGUUAUGGAGAAGAAGUCAAAAAUGUGAAAAAUUUACAGACAGACAGAGAGAGCUAGACAUACAGACUUUCAAGAACCACUGGGUCAGAAAAGCUGACACUUAUGUGGAAGCAUCCUGGGGUAGUGUAGAUUCUGAAUUGUACAAAUCAUGACACCCAGGUUUUUGGCUGGGCCACAAUUGGGAAUCAAAGUUUUACAUAGACAUCUAUUAAAAAAAACUUUAAAAUCUUUUUCUCAAGAACCACUAGGCCUGAACAGCUGAAACUUAUGUGGUAGCAUCCUGGGGUAGUGUAGAUUCUAAAUUAUACAAAUCAUGACUUUCAUUGACCGGUUGGGAAGGUUGGGGUCACAAUAGGUAUUAAAAUUGGGAAAUCUGGUAAAGAACAGCAUGGGCAAAGCUACUCAGGUGAAUGAUGUGGCCCAUGGGCCUCUUGUUAUGUAGAAGUACUUCUGUGACUAACAUUAAUUAGAGAUGCUUGGAGGAUGCCUUUUGAGUGUGUCAUUGUACCCAUUUAGGCUUCAGAUGCAAUUUCAGCAAAGGAAUGACUAUAUUAAAGGAUACACACGUUUUAAUGUAUUUUACCAGGCAAGGAGUUUGUGACUCAAUAACUGUAGUUGUACAAAUGAAACAUCUAGUGAAAGUGAAUGUACUGAUGAAGUUAUGAGCAAGUUUGUUUCUAAAACCAAGCAUUUUGCACCUUACGUCCAGGUCUUGUAUCUCAAUCAAAUACAAAAUACUGUCUUUAGGAAAAUACACUUAUAUAUAUUGAUUAAUAUGCAGACUUUUUUUGUCCAUUGUACAAUUAUAAAACACACCGAUUUUACUUUUCAUUUGCCAAAUACAAUAUUGUAUUAAAAUAUAUUUAUUGAAACAUA